AUGAGGAUUUCUUCGACAAUAAUAGAACAACACGCUGCACUGCAAAAGUCCAAAGCUCUUGUCAUACUAGCUGCAUCCAUCACUGCACUGGGGUAUUUCACUUUGCAAGAUCAGAAUCCCAUUACUAUAUAUACGACAAUCUCAUUAUCCGAAUUAUCAAGAAUGAGUUCUCCUUCCCCUUCUUCCACCCACCAAAACCGAUUCAUCCAUCCAACGACCGACGCCAACAAGAAUGACAACUCCAUUCAUCUUUCUGGUUUCUCUUAUCGAGUUCAUGGAAAAGUACAAGGAGUCUCCUUUCGAAAAUAUACUCAACAAAAGGCCACGGAACUUGGAUUGAGCGGUUGGAUUCGCAACAACAAGUCGAAUGGUACCGUAGAGGGGCAAGUACUCUGCUGUAGCAAUAACAAUAACAGCAACAGCAACAACAAUGAUAAAUGCAAUCAAAUGAAAAUGUGGUUGCAAAAUGAAGGGUCUCCACUAUCCGAAAUUGAGCAUGCUCAUUUUGAAACCAUAGACGACGAACAUGAGAAUGAUGAUCAGGACCUGCAAGCCUUGUGGAAAAAUCUUUGCGGAAGCAGCAGUAGCAAACAAAAUUCCGAGCCAGUGUUUGAGAUCCGCAAGACGGUUGGAAAACGGAAAUAA